AUGCCAAAGGAUCUCAUGAAGAGACGGAAUGUGAACUCUCCAAUCAAAUUCCAUCCGUAUCCACGUCACCAGGAAACCGGUAUCGAGAUUGACGGCGUUGAAAUUCCCGACGACGACAUCAUGGAAAUGAAAAUCUCGGAUAAUGACGUGCCUCAUUCAGAAGCCAUGGAUCUCAUUUUUCCAGCAAGUCUGUGGGCCGAGUUGGAGGUGUUGGAAGGUGGAUCGGGUGCAUCGGAGAAUCUAGAAAUGACAGAUUUGACUGAAAAAAGGCAGGAUGUGGACUCAGAAGACGUCAUGGACAUUUCGGCGAAAGAAGGUGUCACGAAGAGCUUCACAGAGAGGCCAGGCCAUCUUUUAGAGGAAGGAGAAUACGAAGAAGGCCAAUCGCUGACAGAAUUGUUCCAAAAGUAUGGAAUGGUGGAUGAUGAAUUCGACGAGGAUUGUCCGAUGCCACCAAAUGUGACAUGUGACUGGGACCCAUUUGAAAUCAAAUCAAAUAACAAAAAAUCGGAAUCUGAUGUAAUAGCUGAAUAUGAAGCUCUAGUUCAACCGAAAAUGAGAUCUGGAGGAAAGAAGGGGAGAAAAUUGAUGUGA